AUGAACGCCUUGCGCUGCCAGCAGUUUUGGAUGCACGAGCUGCAGCCCAUGACCCACGACACCUUCUCCCUUCCCCAAUUGGAGCUGAUGGACUUCAUGCGGCAAAGAGGGCUGACCACGGCAGCAGCUGAUGAUGUGCUGGGCAGGCUGGAGCGCUCUGGGAUGGUGCUGACGCUGGCGGGCACCGUCAUCCUGCGGCCCGGGGAGGUGGCCGAGGCCCUCUCGCUGACCACCCGGCAGCGGCUGGCGGCGGCGGAGCGCGAGCUGUGCCAGCUGGAGGGGCAGCAGUCGGCAGUGGGGCGGCGCGCCAGGCUGCGCCAGCAGACGCUGAUGUGGAGCGGGCUGGCCUCGCAGGUCGCCCUGUGGGCUGUCGUCUUCCGCCUCACCUUCUACGAGCUGUCGUGGGACGUGAUGGAGCCAGUCUGCUUCCUGGUCUCCUCGGCGCAGGCGCUGGCCGCCUACUUCUAUUUCAUGGUCUACCGCAAGGAGUUCAACUGGGAGAGCGCGCUGGAGCGGCAUGUGGGUCGGUGGGAGGCCGAGGAGCUGCAGCGCUGCGGCUGGGACAGGGGCACGUACGUGCAGCUCAAGGCAGAGGUGCAGCGCCUGGCCGACCUGCUGCAGGCGCAGCAGCGGGCGCAGCAGCAGCAGCGGCCGGCAGGCGGGGCGGCGGCAGGGGCAGCGGAAGCAGGCAUGGAAGCAACAGGCGGGGAUGCAGCGGAUGAGAGGCAGCAGCAUGUGGGGCCGCAGCCCAGCGUGUGGCUGGGGGUUUCCAUAUUCCUACACUGGGGGCGCACCUACGUCCGGGCCGGGCGCAAUGGGGACACCCUCAACAACAGAGAGGCUGAGAUCCAGGAGCUGCUGCACCUGCCGCUGCGCCACCCGCCCCUGGUGCGGCUGCUGGUUCUGCGUCGCAGGCGCGUGGCGCAGAUUGAGGCGGAGGCGGCCGAGCACCACGUGUGGCAGAGGCAGCAGGUUCUGGAGCAGCGGCAGCGGCAGCGGCAGCGGCAGCGGCAGAGGCAGGAGGAGCGGCAGGAGCAGGAGCCGCCGUCGCCGCCGCCGCCGCCGCAGCAGCGGCGGGACCCCGCGCUAGCAGACCUGCCGGGCUGCCCGCGCGCCGACUGCGAGCUGGGCAGCGCCCCAGCCGAGCUGCAGCCGUGGAUGCUGCCCGAGCUGGUGGAGAGCAUGACGUGCGAUCUGUGGACCUUCUGCAUCGGCGACGCCAAGCUGUAUGCGCGCAUGCUCCUGUCAGAGUGGGUGGUGGCGCGGAGCACGCGCCGCUACGUGGAGGCAGCGGGGGUGCCCUUGGCAGCACGCCCAGAGAUCGAGCAGCGGGUGGCCGGCUAUGUGUUGCGGCUGCUGGAGCCAUACAUGGCGGCGGAGGCGGGGGCGGAGGCGCUGCCGCCGCCGCCGCCCAGCUGGCAGCCGCACGCCGAGGAGCAGCAGCAGCAGCAGGUGGCAGGCCUGCGGGCGGAGGAGGAGGCAGCGGAGCAGCAGCAGCAGCAGCAGCAGGCCGCGGCCGGGCAUGCCGCUCUCCAGCCCAUCCGCGGCGACUAUGUGGGGCGGCUGCUGUGGUGGGCAUCCACCCUGGGCGUGGAGCGGCGGCUGCAGGUGACUUAUGACCUGGCGCAGCGUGUGCGCGGCUCCAUCAGGGCAGCGCAGCCGGUGAUUGCGGCUCAGGCGGCGGCGGCGGAGGCGCCGCUGCGUGCGCUGGAGAAGGCCUGGGGCGUCAUCAUGCUGGUGUGCUUCAGGAUGCAGCAGUACCAGCGGGAGGACUGCCAUCUCGUGGAGGGGCUGCCGUCUGUUGGAGACUUGCUGUCGCGGCAGCCGGCCGCCUGCGAGGCGGCUGCAACGGCGGCGGAGGCGGCGGCAGAGGCGGUGACGGCGGAGGACGACGCAGCCCGGGUCUUCAGGGGUCUCCUGGCGGUGGUGGUCGCUGCCCUGGAGGCGGCGGCCGAGGCGGCCCGGGUGUUUGCCUUUGAGAUUUUUCAUGUGGAGGUGAUCUGA